UUUUUCUUUCUUUCUUUUUUUUUUUUUUUAUUUAAAUUCAAAGUGGUAAAGGACAAGAGGCAGGCUUGCAAGGCCUGUCCAGAGGCUCACUUCUAAUGAGAGGCAUUGUUUUUUAAGGGGUGCUGGGGGGAGAAGUUUAGGCACUCUCCAGAAAAGCUGUGGGGAAAAGCAGUAGCAACAGGAUACUUGAGUUAAAACAGAAGAGGAACCAUUUCCUGUACAAGAAAGGAAGCAGACAGCAGUGAGGAGAAGCGGAGGCCAGAGUGUGGUGUGGAUGUGACAAGUACCAGGUAUAUUGUUGGACACACAAAGAGAGAGUCAAAGUGGACAGCUUGGAUACAAGGGGACAAUGACUCAUUUGCAAGCUGGUCUCUCUCCUGAGACCUUGGAGAAAGCUCGCCUGGAACUCAAUGAGAACCCAGACACUCUGCACCAGGACAUCCAAGAAGUCAGAGACAUGGUCAUCACUAGGCCAGACAUUGGCUUUCUGCGCACAGACGACGCUUUCAUCUUACGCUUCUUGCGGGCCAGGAAAUUUCAUCACUUCGAGGCUUUCCGCCUCUUGGCUCAAUACUUUGAGUACCGGCAGCAGAACCUGGAUAUGUUCAAAAGCUUCAAGGCCACUGACCCUGGCAUCAAGCAGGCACUGAAAGAUGGCUUUCCCGGGGGCCUGGCAAAUCUGGACCAUUAUGGAAGGAAGAUUCUAGUCCUUUUUGCUGCCAACUGGGAUCAGAGCAGGUACACAUUGGUGGAUAUUUUGCGUGCCAUCUUACUUUCUUUAGAAGCCAUGAUUGAAGACCCAGAGCUUCAAGUAAAUGGUUUUGUUUUGAUCAUAGACUGGAGUAAUUUUACUUUCAAGCAAGCUUCUAAGCUUACACCAAGCAUGCUGCGACUUGCAAUUGAAGGUCUUCAGGACAGCUUCCCUGCAAGAUUUGGAGGAAUUCAUUUUGUCAAUCAACCUUGGUAUAUCCAUGCCUUGUAUACUGUGAUUCGUCCAUUCCUGAAAGAGAAGACUCGGAAAAGGAUAUUUUUGCAUGGUAACAACCUGAACAGUCUACACCAACUAAUUCAUCCUGAGAUCCUACCUUCUGAGUUUGGAGGAAUGUUGCCCCCAUAUGACAUGGGGACAUGGGCACGAACCCUGCUAGACCAUGAGUAUGAUGAUGACAGCGAGUACAACGUGGAUUCCUAUAGCAUGCCUGUGAAGGAAGUGGACAAGGAACUCUCUCCAAAAUCCAUGAAGAGAUCUCAGUCAGUAGUGGACCCUACAGCACUGAAACGCAUGGAUAAAAGUGAAGAAGAAAACAUGCAGCCUUUACUUUCUCUGGACUGAGAACUUCUCCACCCUUAGACCAUGGAUUAAAAAUGGGAGGCCCUGUGUUUCAGCAGCAGGGACAGCACUGUGGAUUUACCUGCGGGAAAACAUUAUUCAUGUUCAUGUAGCAUAAUGCACAAGGCAUCUGGCUUUCACAUUUGCCUAAACCAUGGGUGCCCUGGGCUAGAUUUUAAAAGGUCAAUAAUUUAUUCUGUAAGUGCCAAGUUCUUUGUAAAUACAAUAUAGUCUUCAGAUCUAGUUUGUAAAUUUUGGUAGUAAUUUAAUUUGGGAAAGAUUGACUCACAUGUUUGAGCCAGUGAUAUGGACUAUAAUAAGAAGAAUAAGGACACAUACCCUAUAAAAUUUAAUGAAUUGUAUCCCUGUUUCCUAUGAAGCCAUGUAUCUGCUAUCAUAGGGAAUUGUUUCAAUGUCCAAAACAUUGUCAGUAUUCAACAUACUUUGGUCACAGCAAGGUCAAUUAUUUCCAGGAAAUUGUUAUGAUUAAUGUUUUCCUGUUUAGUGAUUUUUGUUUCAGAGAAACUAUUCUGGAAACAUCCCUGAAGAAAAAGAGUGAUUGACGAGCUUGGAAACUGAAGCAAACCUGAGCUCUUCUCUGUUGUUUGAUUUGGAGUUUUUCAAGAAAAUGUGUUUUUACAUGUUAAGAUGAGAAAUUCUGUUUUUGUUUGUUUGUUGUUUGUUUUUUGUUUUUUGUCUAAAUACCUGUCUUCACAAUGUUUCUUUAAUUAAGUUCCCAUUGUAACCCCUGUCUGAUGUGCUUUAGAACAUAUGUUCACCCAAAUCUUUGACAAAACAAAUGAGAAUUAGCUCCUGAAUCAUUUUGACAGACAAUUUUGAACACAAAAUUUAUCACUUACAAAUGGGGGCUAAUUUCAGAUCAUCGUGGAAGUGUUAAAAGUAUAAAUAUCACUUACAACAUAUACAAUUUUAUUGAGUUCUAAUAAAUUCUUGAUAUGACAGGCUUUGAGAUGUCAUGGAAAAUGACGGUUGAAGUAAACAGAAAUGAAACCAUGUGACAGACUUCAGGACACCUACCUAUUCAAGGGAUUAGUACAUCAUAAAAUAAAAUCUUGAAUGUGUAUCAUCUUAAUAAAUGUGGUUGGUUUUACUUUCAUUUUAAGAAUCAACAAAUCUCAAUGUGACACA